AUGGCAAUAUCCCUUGAAGCCCUCAACUCAUAUUUACCGAUGUUUUUUGUAGCUACUUUCUGCUCUCUUGUUGUUAUCUAUCUUCACUUGAAAAACACUAAGAAGCACCCUAGUUAUCCCACAAACUGGCCUUUUCUUGGUAUGAUGCCUGGCCUUAUAUCCAAUGCUCAUCGCAUGCAUGAGUAUGUAACCGAGGUUCUUCGUGAAUCAGGAGGCACUUUUGUUCUGAAAAAGCAUUCCUUUUCUGGUUCAGAUGACAUACUAACUUGCUAUGAUCCACAUUGCCUUUCUAUCGACUCAAUGUGUCCUAAAGCUGGAGAAGCAUUUGAUGUUAAGGCUGAAAGAGCAUUUGAUAUUACUGAAACAGGGGCCUUUUAUAGACAUAUUCUGCCCAUAAGCUAUUGGAAGUUAAGUAGAUGGUUGCACAUAGGCUUAGAGAAGAAGAUGAAGAUAGCUUCAGACGAACUCAACAGUCUCGUGGCACACUGCAUUGCAUUGAAACGCGAGGAACUGAGCAAGAGCUCAGCAAGUGAUGAUCUUGUCUCAGAGACACAGAGGAUGAUUUUGACUUGUUAA